AUGGCUUCCAUGGACUAUGAGAACGAGAACGGCAGCGCCCGCUACGAAGAUGAGGCUCCUCGUUACGAGCGUGACCGCAGCGCCUCUCCUCGUCCUAACCGCCGUGAGAGCCCUCGUGGAGGUCCUCGUCGUUCCGCAUCUCCUAACGGGAACGGUCAUGCCGAUAGCCGUGGCCCCCCCAAGAACGACCGUGGCGCUCCUCAGGAUGAUGGUGCCAUCAACCCAGGCUCCAACCUUUUUGUCACCGGUAUCCACCCUCGUCUCUCCGAGCAAGAGGUGACUCGUCUCUUCGAAAAGUACGGUGACGUCGAGAAGUGCCAGAUUAUGCUUGACCCCCAUACCAAGGAAUCCCGUGGUUUCGGCUUUGUCAAGAUGGUUACUGCUGACCAGGCUGAUGCCGCUAAGGAGGGUCUUCAAGGUGAGGUUAUUGAAGGCCGCACCUUGAGCAUUGAGAAGGCUCGCCGUUCGCGUCCUCGUACCCCUACCCCGGGCAAGUACUUUGGUCCACCAAAGCGAGGCAAGAUGGGCGUGGACCCCCACCAGGACGCUACGGUGAGCGCUAUGAUGAUCGUCGCCGCGGUGGCGGAGGAUAUGGAGGACGUGAUUACGACCGCGGAUACGGCGGAGGAGGACGCCGUGAUGACCGUGACCGUGGCUAUGGUAGAGAUCGCGAUGAUUAUGGCCCUCGUGGAGGAUUCGACCGCUACUCUCGCGAUGAUCGAUACGGCCGUGGAGGAGAUGAUCGACGUGGAGGUGGCGGAGGUGGUUACGGGGGAGGACGUGAUUACGACCGAGGUGGUGAUCGUGGCUCUGCCCGUGAAGCACCUCCACCAGCCGCUGCCUAUGGUGAUCCAGCACCUCGUGGGGAGGCUCGGGAACCAUACGGAGGUGGUGAGCGCCCUGCUCGUUAAAUUCGCACGAUCUCGACGAGCACGACAAGAGCUUUGGAUCUGCGGCUUUCAUUGA